AACAGGUAUUAGCUAGGCAAUUAAUUGUUGCAUUAAUUCCGAGUCACGUUAGACAUGAGGAAGUCGAACGUAGUCCUCCUAGCUUUGUUGGUUGGCAUUCUCCAGUUGGAAGCGACCAUUGCGACUGUAUUCAACUUCAACUACGGUGAGGCCCUUGACAAGAGCUUAUUGUUUUUUGAGGCACAGAGAUCUGGUAAACUUCCACCAACUCAGCGAGUCACAUGGCGGGCUGACUCGGGACUCAAAGAUGGGUUUUCACAAGGGGUGGACUUGGUUGGAGGAUAUUAUGACGCAGGCGACCAUGUGAAGUUUGGGCUUCCAAUGGCAUUCAGUGUGACAAUGCUUGCAUGGGGAGCUAUUGAGUUCAGCAAAGAAAUCACAGAGUAUAACCAAAUGGGGAACACCUUAUGGGCCAUUAGAUGGGGUACUGAUUACUUCAUCAAAGCUCAUCCACAACCUAAUGUUCUUUGGGGACAGGUGGGUGAUGGGGCUUCUGAUCACUAUUGUUGGGAGCGUGCUGAAGAUAUGACAACUCCAAGGAAUGGUUACAAGCUUGAUGCAAAUAAUCCUGGUUCGGACCUUGCCGGUGAAACUGCUGCUGCCUUGGCUGCAUCCGCCAUAGCUUUCAAGCCAUAUAACUCAUCCUACUCUAAUCUCCUUUUGGUACACGCCAAACAGCUUUUCUCAUUUGCAGACAACUUCAGAGGCCUGUACGACGACUCUAUCCCGUCUGCUAAGCAAUUCUACACGUCAUCAGGUUAUUCGGAUGAGCUAUUGUGGGCUGCUGCCUGGCUGUAUGAAGCAACCAAUGAUGUGUACUACUUGAAGUAUGCAGUGGACAACGCUGUAUACUUGGGUGGAACUGGAUGGGCAGUAAAGGAAUUCUCUUGGGAUAACAAAUAUGCCGGUGUACAGAUCCUUCUUUCAAAGGUACUGCUGGAGGGAAAAGGCGGUGCCUUCACUAACACGCUAAUGCAAUAUCAGGCAAAGGCAGACUACUUUGCCUGUGCUUGUCUGCAAAAAAAUGAUGGCUACAAUGUCUACAAAACUACUGGGGGCUUAUUGUACGUGCGUGAAUGGAACAACAUGCAGUAUGUCUCAUCUGCUGCUUUUCUUCUUGCUGUAUACUCUGAAUACCUUUCUGCGGCCAACGCCGAGCUCACUUGCCCAGAAGGCCUAAUUCAACCUCAGGAGCUCCUCAAUUUUGCAAAGUCACAGGCUGACUACAUCCUAGGUAAUAACCCUAAGUCGAUAAGUUACUUAGUUGGUUACGGACCAAAUUAUCCAACUCAUGUUCACCAUAGAGGUGCUUCCAUUACCUCUAUACACAUACUCCAUUCUGUGGUUGAAUGUGUGCAAGGUUUUGAGGCAUGGUAUUAUAACCCUCAAGGAAAUCCUAAUGUGAUAUAUGGAGCCCUGGUGGGCGGUCCUAAUCAGAAUGAUGACUUCUCUGAUGACCGGUCCAAUUAUGAAGAAACCGAACCUACACUCUCUGGCAAUGCUCCUCUCAUAGGCCUCUUUGCUAAGCUUCAAAGUGUACAAGGAAUUCCAGACCCCUAUCACACAAAACUACCAGCGGUCCACCAAACAACAAAAAGUACCUAUCCUCCCAAAGCACAAGCAUCAGCACCAGCACCAGCACCGGACACAAAAUCAUCAAAUGCUCCUGUUCAAUUCCUUCACUCCAUAACUAGCACAUGGACUAUAGCACAAAGUGCCUAUUACCGCCACAAGGUAAUAAUAAAGAAUACAUCACAGAAGCCAAUUGCUGAUCUUAAGCUGUUGAUUGAAAAACUCUCAGGCCCUCUAUGGGGUCUCUCUUCUACUAAUGUAAAGAACAUCUAUGAGCUUCCUCUUUGGCAAAAGGUCUUGAACCCAGGCGCAGAGUGCAUUUUUGUUUACAUUCAAGGCGGUCCUCAAGCUAAGCUUUCAGUUCUAAGCUACCAUUAACUAUUCCAAGGAAGUAAUAGAAAUUUCAAGCUUUCUAUGGGUUAAGAAAAAACGUAUACUUCGGAUACAUGGAGAUGGACUUUUUUUUUCUUUUUCUUUUUUUGAAUUAUCCCCAUAGGAUUAGUUAUUUUGGUCAAUGAAACCCUUACUUCAAGGAAAGAAACAUCACUGUACAUUGACGUUUACAGAUUCUGUAAGCUUUAACUUCGAAAAUUCUUUCUACCAAAAAAAAGAAAAUCGAUAGUUCGAAAGA